CCAUUGCUGUGUCUUGUGCUCAAAGUACCACAAUUGGUGGCAUUGGUUCAGAGCAGAUCCAGUCGUGGAUUAAGCCUUCAGAGUCUCGUUCUUGAGUUAUGGGCAUACCUAACGAUGUUGUCGUAUUCGUGGGCCAAUGACUAUCCUCUUUCGAUGUACGCCGAGAUAUGUUUGUUUCACAUAUCGAUUGGCGUUCAUUUGAUUCCCAUCUCGGUAUCUGUGAUACUUAUUCAAUUGGGAAACCCUAUUGGAUGGUAUAGCAAAGGACUCCAAUUGUGGACAAUAGUUAAGAACAAAGAUUCGGGACAAGUGUCAGCCCUAACGUGGAGUCUAAACGCGUGUUCGUGCGCCUCCCGUCUCACCACUCUAUACCUGUCUAUAAUGGAUGGCAUAGUAGUGACCACUUUAAUCGUCUCAUUCUUCCUCAACACUGGGAGUGUCUAUUAUGCUCUGAAGUCAUCAUCACUGUCUUCGAGGUCAUCGUUAUCUAUUAGUCCGUCCGUCACAGAUCUGGAGUACUCCUAUAAUAUUCGCUAUAACUAUGGAAAGGAAGGCAAGAAAGUAGUGGGAAAGGCGUACAGCUGUCAGAAGAUCAUUAACGACAACCCGCCCGGAACUGCUGACACACACGGCUGUCCCUUCAGACACUUCGAUGCGAAGAAUUUGCAACAAUUCCUCAGAAAACAAAAUAUCAAUGAGAAUCAGUCACAAGAAAUUUUAGAGAUCGUGGCAAAGGAACAGAACUACUCGAUGGCCUGUUCGAAGUACUUCUCGUGCAAACACUACUGGUAUCCCGAGAUCAAUGUCUAUCACCCGAACCAGUACUACAGCGAGAGUCGAAAAGCGUUUAAGAUGUCUGCGUUGACUCCACCCGGAAGUGGCAACCAAUCGGCUUUAUUGACCGCAAAUGACAUGAGUAUGACUGCCGACGCAACCGCCGACUCUUUGGAAGAAUCCGUAUUUGAAACUGAAGAUGAAUUCGACAAAUCUGUGGCGGCCAUGGAUUUGGAUGUUUCUGUUGCGGAACCAAUUACUUGCACUGAUAGCACAGAACCACAAGAAUAAUGGAC